GAAAAAAUGUAGCAAUGAUGGCUGAUUCAACUUCUAGAUGGGCUGAGGCUCUUCGUGAAAUAUCUGGUCGUCUAGCAGAAAUGCCUGCAGAUAGUGGAUAUCCUGCAUAUUUGGGUGCCAGAUUAGCUUCAUUUUAUGAACGUGCUGGUAAAGUAACAUGUCUUGGUAAUCCCAAACGUGAAGGAAGUGUUACAGUAGUGGGAGCUGUAUCUCCACCAGGUGGAGAUUUUUCAGAUCCUGUUACAGCAUCUACACUUAGUAUUGUUCAAGUAUUUUGGGGUUUAGAUAAAAAACUUGCACAAAGAAAACAUUUUCCAUCUGUUAAUUGGUCAUUGA